GGAAAUUAUCAUGGCCAAGCAUGAUCUCGUUUACCUAUUGUUUCCCAGGAUUGGUCUACACGCCGGUAUACAACACUUGGCGCAUUGGAGCUGUGCUGCUGAUCAGCCCAGCCAAGCGUGGCGAUCUUUAAUUUUCGCUAGUUUUUGGGGUCCUAUCUCGGCAUAGGGUCUACAUCCCUUUUGAUCAUGGACCUGCAAGACAUAUAUCUGGGGCUGUGCGCAGAUAGUGCUGGGCUAGUCCAGGCGUUUACGUUUGUAUAUGAGCGCGUGCGGUGACUUUGUCACUAUUGUUAGAUCAGUGACCGGUUGAGCAUCUCAGUCAGUCAGAAAAACCAGUCCAAAUUCCCACCCGCUCGACGAGAUGGCUCCAAGGCGAGAGAGCAGCUUUGGUCUCGGAGAUUCGGAUGGUAGUACGAGCAACCAAUGUGUCGAGAAUCACGCAUUCGGUAGCAGUUAUUCUGUUGGAUGCGUCUCGAUAUUUGGAGUUACCCUUGCAUUGGAGCUGCUGGUGUUUUGCUUGUGGAUCUUCUACAGGAAACGGAUUCCAGAUUUGCUAUGGUACUUGUUCGGAAUAUCUUUAUUGUUUUCUAUCUUGAGCCAUAUAGGAGAGAUCAUCACGUAUACUCUGCUCGCAUGCGGAAUAUUCUAUCAUGAGGACAACUAUGACCAGAACUAUGGCGACGGGCUUGGGAAUUACUACAAGACAUAUGUCGCCAUCAUCUGGCUCUCGAGACUCUCCUAUGUCAUUCUAUUCGCCAUCAUCACAAUACCACUUCUCUCUGUCGUCCGUCAGGUAGCUGGUACGAGCUCCAGGGCUUUCAGGUGGAUGCAUGCUUCGCUUCUACUUGCAUACCUCCUCCUUACACUGACAUAUCUAGGAAUGCAGAGUGCCGUCAACGGGAAUCGCUUUGCUUGGGGAGGCAGACAGAGACAAGAGAUUGGCGAUGCAUAUUCGAAGAUAGGGAUAGCGACCAGAUUCAUCUUUUUCUUCAUGAGUGUUAGUGUAGCCGCAGAGUUGAUGAUAACGCUUGUUCGCAUCAAGAACCGCGGAAGUGCUCUUGGAACACUCCUGCUAUUUUCCAUGCUGUUUAUUUUGUUCCUCUGGCUCAAUACAGUAUCGACGGUUGCAUACGACAUAAAAUACGAUAUCAUGAAAUACUACAUACAGUACGAUCAAGACAGAUAUCUCGCAGAUGUGCAGGCAUUCGCAGGCAUUGGGACCAUCAGUGGUGUUUUCACCUUCAUCUUUCUUCUUCUUCUCGCUGGAGCGACCACUGCGAGCGCUACACAAGAUGCAGUACCUCACGCAGUGGGGAAGUCAGGCGACUCUAAGGACAACGAACAAGUUCUGGUGAGCGCAUCAGGACAACAACACACCAUGAUAGACCAUACAUGAAUGCGAAGAGAAAAUAAACAUGCGAAUAAAUGAUACUAUGGUC